AGCAGCCGUUUAUAUCAUGGGUCCUUGCUGCAUUCCCACACAUUUUGCUCCUAAUUAACGUCCUGCUGGACAGCUGAGCUGUUUCAAACAGGAAGCUGUUUACAGAUAACGCUUGCAAACGUUGGGCCUGAUUUGCUGGAUGGUCGAAGAGCAGGAGUGGAGCCCACUUCAAAUUAAACCCUAUCGGGCUUUUGUAAAUAGUAGCAAUGAGGUCCAUCUGUGGAGCAGUGCCCGUUCAGUCAGCAGCUCAGCCGGAGUGCCUCUUCUCUCAGCAGAUCUAAGGAGUAAGGGACAAGCUCAUUAUGAAGAGUGAUCUGGUUUUCUUUGUCUCCGUAAUUAGCCUUGCAUUCCUGUCUCUGCCAAGAUCUGGAUAUGCUCAGCAUAUUGCAGAGGAAUCCUGCUCUGUUCAGAUUCUGGUUCCAGGACUCAAAGGGGAAAAUGGAGAAAAAGGGGAAAAAGGUGCUCCAGGCCGCCCUGGACGAGUUGGGCCUCCAGGGGAAAAAGGAGAAGUGGGAGACAAAGGGCAGAAAGGCAGCAUGGGGCGACAUGGAAAGGUUGGUCCCAUUGGCUCAAAAGGACAAAAAGGAGAUAAUGGAGAUAUAGGUCCACCUGGUCCUAAUGGAGAUCCAGGUAUUCCUUGUGAAUGUGGCCAGCUGCGAACAGCCAUUGGUAAAAUGGAUAACCAAGUGACCCUGCUGACCACGGAGCUGAAGUUCAUUAAAAAAGCCCUGCCCUCCCCCGCAGCUGUUGCUGGUGUGCGUGAGACAGAUAAUAAGACCUACCUGCUGGUGAAGGAACAGAAGCGCUAUGUGGACGCCCAACUCUACUGCCAAGGAAGAGGAGGGACACUGAGCAUGCCCAAGGACGAAGCCACCAAUAACCUCAUUGCUUCUUACAUCAACCAAGCUGGCCUCAGCCGCGUUUUCAUCGGCAUUAAUGACCUUGAGAAAGAAGGCAGCUUCGUCUACUCCGACCGAUCCCCCAUGCAGACCUUCAACAAGUGGAGCAGCGGUGAACCUAAUAAUGCUUACGAUGAGGAGGACUGUGUAGAAAUGAUCACCUCUGGGGGCUGGAAUGAUGUGGCAUGUCACAUUACAAUGAAUUUUGUAUGCGAAUUUGAUAAAGAAAAUGUUUAAUAAAGUUUCCCCCUGCCAGGCUCUCUAUAUGCAUUUCUUUGAGGGAGGGUGAAUAAUUUGGGCAGCCCAACCAUUGUAACCAGUACUCCAAUUUCUGGAUUGAUUUUAUAUGGAAGUCGGUUCCUUGUUUAUGAGAUCCUUUCUAUCAGUGUGUGAAACUAUCCCAAGAUAGUUUUAUCCCCAUCCAUCUUUUAGUCACAUUUUUUUUCAAGGAAUCCCUCCAUCAACACAUACAUAAUUAAAAAAGUUUUAUUAAAAUUUCUCUUUCUUUUGUGCAGGCCUUGAGUAUGGACCUUUCCCUCUAUAGGUAUAGUGGGGUACAGGUAAGAGACAGGAAUGUAGGAAAUAAACCUUAUUUAUUAGAUAUGGCUAUUUAUCGUUACCCAUUAUGGAGAAGGAAGGUAUUAUUUCUCAUGUGUACUUUACUCUUAUUUGGCAUUGAGAUUUGUUUUUGUUAUUAAUAAAACCAUUUAUGGUGUUUGGAAAACUAGGAAAGCUCAUUUUUUCAAGAUGACUUAGAAGUAACUCCUCUUUUGUCAUUUUACCUGCAGAAAACAUGAAUCCAAAGUAUGUUCAGUGAUUUUGCCUCAAAAAAAUUAUAUUUGUGUGUUUGUGUAUCAGUAUAUACACAUGCAAGGGAAUCACAUUGUUUAGCUGUCCACGCAACAGGUAAAAGUGUGAAAUAUACAAUAUCUUGCAAGGCUGAAGGUAUGUGGCUGACUAGGUAGGUUCAUUCCUGUGCAAUAUACAAAGUGUAAUAAAACUAUUUUACAAUAGCAAAGCUACUCAGAAAUCCAUUAAUUUUUGAAAUGAAGAUUUUUAUCAUUUUCAAUAGGAGUUUGCCAAAGUGCUUCCCAGCUGAUUACCGCUGCGGUGAAUAGACUGUGAUCUGGAUAGAAAUUGGCACACAGGAACAUAAAAAAACUUUUAAAUGCAGCAUUGAGAAUUUAUUGAACAAUGGUAGUAAAAUGUAAAUAUCAGGAAAAGCAAUAAAAGAUGUUAGUUUGCAAACUAACCCUAACCAUAAUUGCUCCUAGUGUGAUGGGAUAUAAGAUGUUUAGAAAUAUAUAUUAGAAUUGUACAGCUGUAAAUAUAAUCUAGGUAUUUCUAGGUAUUUCAAAUAUCAAUUCCCCUUAGAUGGAAAGAGCAGUGAUGACACAAUUUGCAUUCCUGAAAUAAAUAUGGCCCAUAUUCAGGCAAUGCUUAGCUGUUUGAAAUCACUCGGCUUAAACUUAGUUCUGGUCCAGAAUUUUGAGAUAAAUAAAAGACAUACAAUUCAUUUAGGAUAUUUAAAUAAUAUGUCUAUGAUUUCCUUUUUUACACAAAAAACUUACUAUUUAAACAAGAAGUCAUGUUGAUGUGGUUUCAUAAUUGUAUCUUCUGGAGAAUAGUAAUUUUUGAAAUUUAGCACACUAGUUCUUCAUAUUCUCUAGUAUGUUUAAUAUUUAACAUUUAAAAUAUUUGCAGCUGUAGAUUUCCUGGGCUGAAUUAAUUUAAGUGAACAGUCCAAGUAUCAUUUAAUAAUUUAUAACUUGACAGUAGGAAAUUAAAAGAAACAAGAUUAUAGAAAGAAUAAACUAUUUUCUUGAUUUAGGGUAGCUGGCAUGCUUAUAUCUAUAUAUGGUUGGGUUUAAAGAAAAGAAUUUAAGCAGAUCUCUGAUAUCCAUGUGGUUUUAUGAUGACGAGAUUAGACCUGCGAAGUCUAAUGAGCAGCAGAUGGCAGCAAGAAUUUAAUGUUUUUUAAAAUCUAUAGGUUAUUAUAUAGUACAAUAGUUGUUGUAAUUUUUGUAUCCGAGGUCUGAUAAUAUAAAAAUUUUAAAUGGUUUGCUUUUAUUCUUGCCACUGUAGGCAAGGAGAAGCUGAGUAUCACCCAUCCUGGUAUUAAACAACAAAAAUCUGAAUGAAUUUAUCUAAUGUUAACCAUUACUCCAUCUGAGACUAAGAUUAGUUACAACUGUAAAUUAACUAUUGUGAAGUUCAGUAUCUGUAAUUAGGAUGACUGAGUUCUUAAUCCCAUGACAGAAGCACAUUCAGCUGAAUGUAAUGUGCUUCUACCUGGGUUACAAUUGAGGAGGUGCACGUGAAAUGACUGAAAUUAAAAUUAAAUUUAGCACGUUCUUAUUUCAUCAGCACAAAUAAAUCCGUAUGACGUCUGAGACAAAUCCCAGCUGUAAGAAAUGGAUAUUAAUGUAAUUGGCUUCCCGAGGUUGCUAGUGUUGGAAGUAAACUGGGAUACGUUUAUUAAUAUAAACGAACUACAAAAUUAACUCCAGCAUGCAAAAAAACCUUAAAACUGAUUAACUGUCUCUGCUCGAUUUUUGGGGAAUCCAGAACCUUACAGCUUCCUUACCACAAACAGUAUCAGUGGCUUAUAAUUUCACAGCAGCACAAGGAAACAAGUCAGUUAAUGAUUUUGUAGACCUGUGUAUGGAUAACAAACUGCAUAUGCUUAUUUAAUAAACAUAAUUAAUAAAGCUGUUCAAUUUGAAUAUUUGCUGUGAUUGAUUAUAGUUCUGGUUUAGGUUCACUUUAUUAUCUAUAUUAAACGUAUCUACGUUAACCUACAUUGUUAUGGCAUUUCUAAAUAAGUCACUGAAUCAGCUGGGUAGAUUAGAUAAACAAAACAUUUUCAGUUAGCACCACUCUUCCUUGCUUUUCUCCACUAUAUACCAAUGAGUCCUCACAGACUGUUUCAAUGUGCUGUUAUAGGCUAGUAGUACAGAUGUUAGAUAAGGACUCGGGGGACCCACAAAGCAGAUUUGAUGAAUGGGCAGAUCUUUAGUUCUCAACUUAUCUCACAAAGUAAUUGUGAAAAGUGAAGUUCUAUGUACUAGUGCUAUUUAGUGCUUCAAAUUCAUUUCCGUAAAAGAGCUUCUGGGAAUGUGAACAUAAUUAAAGGAGUUAUAUUUUUCCCUGGAUCAUAUGACAGUUCCAGGCGACAAGGUCCAAGAAAAAAAGGUAAUUUCUUUAAAGAAUUGCAAACAAGAUGCUCAAUUGGCAUUUCCAUGUGCUCCAAGCUUCUUUUUGGAACAGAAUCUGAAAUGCUUUAUAGCCCACUGAUGUACACCAGCUUGAGUUCAUAUAGAAGAAAGAUAUAAAGGACCAAAGCAUUUUAAAAAAACCCAGUGGGAUACUGAUUUCAAAAAAAUAAAAUUUAAAUGGCUAAAAUAGAAUAUUUGUAUAUUUAGCAUAAUAUAGACAAACUGGCAAGAAGUUCCAGUAAAUGAUAAUUAAGAAACUUUCAAAUCCUUACAAUCAAUGGUUCUAAGAGGGAACAUAUAUUUCUAAAAAACCUAUUGCUAGCAACUAGCACAUGCACAGACAACAAUAACUUUGUUUCUUAUAUGUUUGCUUUCAAAAUAAUUAUCUUAUGUAUAAGAGAAUAAAUUUUUUUUAUCUUA